GCGCUGUGUUUCCGGUCUCUGCCGUUAGCCUCGGUUUGCUCAGCGGCUCCCCGGCAGUUAUGUCUAGCCUCCAGCAGCUGCGGCGCUUCGUGCACGAGCGCCUCGCCGCCGCCGCGGUCGAGAUCUUCGCGGCGGUGGAACAAACGGUGGCGGAGAUCCAACAGGAAACUGACAGCAGGAGCCAAAAUGGCGGCGCGCACGGAGCCAGCCUGCAGAGCCCCGCGGCGGACAGAGCGAAGCGGCGGCCAGAUGAGCAGACAACCAUUUACCCAGCAUGCCAAGCGGGCCUCACCUCAGAGCAGGAGCCCUAUGACGAGGAGGAGGAGGAGGGGGAGGAGGAGGAGGAGGUGAAAAUAGAAGAGGGGGAGGAGGAAGAAGAAGAAGAAGGAGGAGAAGAGGAGGAGGAGGAGGAGGAGAGGGGCUGCAGGCUGGAUCCAGACUUCAGUCCGGCUCUGAGCGAGGAGAGCGGCGGCGAGGAGAAACCGCGAAAAGAGGAAAGGAGGCGACGAAGCUUCCAUGCUGACCCUCCGGCCGGCGAGGCGAGCGCGGCGGCGGCGGACGGCGCGGCCAGGAAGCGGCACCGCUGCGACGUCUGCCACAAGAGCUACGACCGGCCCUGCUACCUGAAGAUCCACCUGCGCACGCACACGGGCGAGAAGCCGUUCGAGUGCGGCGACUGCGGCAAGCGCUUCAAGAGCAAAGCCAUCCUGUCGGCCCACGAGCGCACGCACACCGCCGCGCGGCCGCACCGCUGCCACGAGUGCGGCAAGGGCUUCAAGAUGAAGCAGGCGCUGGUGGAGCACACGAGGACGCACACGGGCGAGCGGCCCUUCCACUGCCCCUUCUGCGACCUGCGCUUCAUCACCAAGGGCCACCUGACGCGCCACCAGCUGACGCACACGGGCGAGCGGCGCCACCAGUGCGUCGAGUGCGGCAAGUGCUACAAGAGGAAGGAGUACCUGGACGUCCACAGCCGCGUCCACACGGGGGACCGGCCCUACCGCUGCAGGGACUGCGGCCGCUGCUACCGCGACAGCGGCAAGCUGCGGCUGCACCUGCGCACGCACGCCGGAAACGACAAGCCCUACGGCUGCGCCCUGUGCGGCCUGCGCGUCGUGUCGGCCAAUCACCUGCGGCGGCACAUGCAGACGCACGACGGCGAGCAGCCGCACCGCUGCCCGGACUGCGGCAAGCGCUUCGGCCGGAAGGACAAGCUGUCGGAGCACAUGAGGGUCCACACCGGGGAGAAGCCCUACGAGUGCGCUCGCUGCCAGCUCAGCUUCAGGUGGCGAGCGGCGCUCAACGCUCACAUGCAGACGCACGCCGUGACGGAGGACGGCGUGACGGAGGACGCCGUGAUGGAGGACGGCGUGAUGGAGGACGGCGUCUGAUGAGCCCAACUCUUCUUCUGGUGGACAGAGCCGCCUGGACAGGAAAACAGCCACACUUGUUCUGAACGUGUGUGUGUGUGUGUGUGUGUGUGUGUGUGUGUGUGUGUGUGUGUGUGUGUGUGUGUAAAAAGUAAAUGUGAGCAGGUUUUGGGUCGUGGCUCAUCCUGCUGGUCCUGCAGGAAACAGAAUCUCAGCCUAAGCCUCAGCCUCAGCCUCAGCCUCAGCCUCAGCCUCAGUCUCAGCCUAAGUCUCAGUCUCAGCCUCAGCCUAAGUCUCAGUCUCAGUCUCAGUCUCAGCCUCAGCCUCAGCCUCAGCC